AUGGGUGAUGUGAGUGAGGUUGACGUUCUUGUAAUUGGAGCAGGUAUCUCGGGAAUAUCAUCAGCCAAAUCUUGGCUAGAUACCCAUCAUGAUUCCCAACUGAUUAUUAUAGACCGGGACAACUGCAUCGGCGGAACUUGGAAUUCGCGACGUGGCUACGAUACUUUUUGGACUCAAUGGACGGUAGGAACAGCCGAGUUCUCGGAUCAGCCGAUGCCACGACCACCAGACGAGGACAUUUAUCUCGAGUUCUUCAAAGCCAAGCAUACAACAAAAUAUCUCAACGACUACGUCGACUCACAUAGCUACUCAGGAAGGACGUUGCGCGAUAGAGUCAGACUUUCAAACGAGGUACAGUCAGUUCAAAAAAUCGACGGCGGAUGGACUGUAGUAUCCAAGGAACGAGAUACUUCACGACAGCACAGAUUCCAAACCACUAAGUUGAUUGUUGCCAGCGGUUUGACGUCAAUUCCUAAUAUGCCUAUGUUACCGGGAAGAGAUGAUUUCCUUGGUCAAAUCCUACACCAGGACGGUUUUGGUGGUGGUAAGUCAUCGGCAGAUAUGGUCUAUGAAUCCGUCAAAGCCGGAAAAACCGUGUCUUGGGUAUUGAAGGCUACGGAUACGGCUGGKCCCGGAUUCUUCCUGUCUCCUAAGGGAGCAGGGCCAUACAAAAAUGCAUUCGAGAUAGGAAUGACUCGACUAGCCGCAACCUUUACGCCAUCUUUUAUGAACGGGAUCAAUUGGUGGACAAGCCUUCUUCAUACCUCUAGUUACGGCCUGAGACUAAUGGCUGGUUUCUGGAACUCUAUCGACUCAAAAGCUCGCACAGAGGCCAAUUUUCAACGAAAAUGCCUGAAGGACUUCGACAAAUUGUCACCACACUCACCGAUAUUUUGGCAAAACUGUACGGGUGGACUUCUUAAUCACCAGGACUUCUAUGACACCAUUGCAGAAAAUGUUCGUAUCUAUGUCGGUGACAUUGAUUGCGUGUAUGGAAAUGUACUUCGUCUGAAAGACGGCGAGCAGAUACCUACCGAUGCUCUACUUUGCGGCACAGGCUGGAAGCCAUCACUCCAAUUUUUCUCCGAAGAGCAGUCCAGGCAACUCGGCUUGCCGCACUUAGUAGAAGAGGAGACGUCAGAUGAGAAGAAACACUGGACGGCUCUCGAAACCGAGGCUGACACCAAAGUUUUCGCUACCUUUCCACAGCUUGCAACCCCUCCUGCCGUCUAUCUUAAGCCAGCCGCAAAAACCCCAUACCGGCUGUAUCGACACCUUGUUCCUUUGUGCGAAUCCGGCAGUGCAGGUAAAGAUCGCUCUAUUGUCUUCAUCGGGCAGGUCAGGGUAGGGAAUUACUUUCUCAUUGUGGAAUGUCAAUCAAUCUGGGCGACCGCCUACUUGGACGGCAAGCUGAAUUUGCCGACCACAGAAGAGCAGGAAAAGAGUGUAGCAUUAUUCACAACGUGGUGUCGGCGUCGAUAUCUCAGUAACGGACUUCCGGGAAAUACUAUGACUUUUGAGCUCAUCGGAUAUAUGGAUACCCUGUUGAAGGACCUCGGCCUGAGCAGUAAUCGCAAAGGUUGGUUCAAAGAUAUUUUCUAUCCUAUCUGGGCUAAGGACUUUCGUGGCUUGAAAGCAGAGUUUAUGCAGAAAUAUGGUUACAAUAAAAACUGA